UGAUAGUUUCAUUGUAGAGGGCGUGGAGUUACCGAGCCAAUGUCAGUCUUCCCGGUCUAUUCAGUGAUAUUUUUCAUUUUCCCCACUGUCCUGUUCGAUUCCUGCUUUCCCAGUUCUGCGCGUCCUGUUGCGGGUUGAGGUUGUAGGUUUAUCGGGAGUUAAAAAGUGUUUUCUAAAAUGGCGUUCAAUGGAGAUGGCCCACAAAAUAAAAGACAGCGGAUAGAAACGGAAGCUAUUAACAGAGUGCAUCAAGGAAAUUUCGGAAAUAACGAGGAACCCAGAAGAAAAGGCCAGGAACCUAGCAAACCAAAUCACAUCCUUUUGUUCACAAUCAUAAACCCCAUGUAUCCAAUCACAGUGGACGUUCUACACACAAUAUGUCAAUCCAGUGGACAGGUAUUAAGGAUCGUGAUCUUCAAGAAGAACGGCGUCCAAGCGAUGGUCGAAUUCGAUAAUAUAGAAUCAGCAGUUAGGGCCAAAGAAGCGCUGAACGGAGCCGACAUAUACUCAGGAUGCUGCACUCUCAAGAUCGAUUUUGCCAAGCCGGAAAAACUAAAUGUUCAUAAAAACGACUCGGAAAGCUGGGACUACACAACCACACUACUAAAAGAAAAUACGAACAACGGACGGCCGCAACCAUUACUACAGGAACCACAUUUCGGAUCAAGGCCACAACCCUACAAUCGUUUCCCCUCCGAAACACACAGAUUCGAGGAGAUGGGUCCGGGCUUCCCGGAGCAGUUCGGCAAUGAAAACUUCAGAAAAAGUCAACCAGUGGCAAAUCCGGAAUUCCGCGAACAGAGGAACACCCAAUUCCAGCAGCCUGGCGCCGUUCUGAUGGUCUACGGUUUGGAUCCUUUGCGCACCAACGCCGACAAACUCUUCAACUUGAUGUGUUUGUACGGUAACGUGGUUAGGAUCAAAUUCCUCAAGUCCAAAGAGGGCACGGCCAUGGUGCAGAUGGGCGAUAACGUGGCCGUCGAAAGGUGCGUCCAGAACCUGAACAACAUCACAGUGGGCUGCACGGGCGCCAUACCGCCAUCCGCGACCAACAACAUCAACAACGAGAAGGCCGCAGAGGAGCACAAGAUCCAGCUUGCGUUCAGCAAACAACCCUACUUAAGCGAGGUGACGAACCCCUAUCCCUUGCCGGACAAGUCGCCUUCCUACAAGGAGUACGCCACCAACAAGAACAACAGGUUUAUGAACGCCACGAUGGCUAGCAAGAACAGGAUCCAACCUCCCAGUAAAAUAUUACACUUUUUCAACACCCCACCCCAGGUCACAGAGGCUGAAUUGAUCCAGGUGUUCAAGGACUACGACGUCGUACCACCUAAGGCAGUGAAACUAUUUCCCAUGAAGUCGGAGAGGUCGAGUUCUGGUCUCCUGGAAUUCGAGACGACGACAGAAGCAGUUGCAGCGGUCAUGGCAUGCAACCACGCCGCCAUUGAUAGUCCUGGUACCAAAUUCCCCUUCAUAAUGAAACUGUGUUUCUCAUCUUCGAGAAGUAUGUCAAUCAAAAACGGCAACGACAAUGUUGAUGGCACCGGAGAUCUUCGUCUGAAGCAAGACUAAGGGCUACUGUACCCCAUCAACACCUACCAAUACAUAUCUUUUCCAUAUUUAAUAUAUCCUUUAUAAUAUUAAGGAGAGACCUUCGUUAUUUUUAGGUUCCGAACGUCAGUUCCUCUGUUCUUGUUGAAAGAGUUAAAAUACAAAAUUGCCAUUUUAUUGAUAGUGUAUAAUUUGAUUUGAUCAUCAAAAUGAAACGAACAUAUUUUGUAGACAUAUCUGAAUUUAUCGAUGUAAAUUCAUUGUAAUUGUUAAUGUUAUAAGAUAACUUUGAAUUUUUAUCUCUGCAACGACAUAGGGUGUAAUAAUUUAUUGUUCAAGACAAGAUUUUAUGUGAUGUGAUUGUGUGUAUAUUGGUCUUACAGACUCUAAGCGCACCGUCAACAGAGGUAUUAAUAGGUAUUAUUAUGGUUGAUCUUUAUUAUAUUCUUUGGAAAUUGUUAUUUAUAUUUAUUUUUAUCGUAUUUUUAUAUUUUAUUUAUCUUUUUAUUGCAUGGGCUGGGAUUUCUCCGUGCAAGCCAUCAAGGUAUGUGUUUAGUGCUGUGUUCCAGUAUUGUUUUUCUUUUUCCAGCAAUUGUAAUUGUACUGAUAUUUCAAUAUUUAAUUUUUCGAAUUGAUAUUUCGAUGUAACUCACAUAUCUGGAGCGACCGCUUCAUAUCUGUACUUGUGAUUUCAAGAAGUUAAUAUCAAAAAAAGGGAUACUCCACCUGUUUAGGGUUGGAGCAACAAACUAUAUAAGGGAAAAAAUUGUAUAUUAUUGAAUCGAAAACAAAAACUGUUACGUCCCAGUAAAAUAAUGGAAAUAUCAGAAUGGAUUCGUCUUCCUGAACUGUAUUAUAGAAAGUUCGAUGGAAACUCAGAUCGAUGUCAACUGGAACCUUGUUGUUCCUGCUUUUUAGCAUUUUUCAAAUGGAUGUGUUUUAUUGUGAAAUUGCAGGACUCCGUAUUUCUCGUGAAAGAUAGUUAUCUUAUUGCCCACUUGAUUUUUAUUUAUUUAAUUUUUUCUAUUUUAUGAUUUGUUGAUCUUUUAACUGUUAUUCUUUGUUGUUUCACUAUAUAUCUUCUAGUUAUUCAAUUUUCAAUUUUAAGAACGGCAGCUGAGUGCAAAGACAGGGUUUUGCGUUCGUUUUAAAAGACAAUUCUUCGGAAUUUAUUGUUAGUAGAUAAGAAUUUUUGUUUAUAUGUAUCUAUUUUAUUCAGAUUUGGAUUUUUUUCUGUUAGUAUUCGAUUGACUUCAAUAUCGUUUGAAUCGUAUUGUUUCAAUUGAUUUACCCCUAAAUGGUGUAAGAUUUAAUUUAAAUUUAGUAAUUAACAGAAAUGAGGCGUCCUUCAAUUCUUAUUUCGAAACGUAAAAAAGACAUUAUGAUAGUCAAAAUGAAAAAAAUAGUAUUAUUCAUCGUAAUGUAGGAAGUAGCAUUAUUUUGUAUAUUCAAAAAUAUUUUCCUAUGAGGAGAUGAUCUCAAAUCAAGGACUGGAACUGCAUGAAAGAUGUUUUCUCCCCAAAAAAAAGCACCAACUGAUUUCCACAAUUGACCAAAGGCUUACUUAAGAAUUUCCCAGGUUUGAGGUUAUCUCCCCCUCUUUUUAGAAUAAUAGCCCGUGUUGUAGGAAUCAGGAUGAAAGUAGUCCAUCUUAGAAUGAAAAAAAAAUGAAAAAUCCUUUCGAUUCAGCCAGACUCUAAAAUUUAAAAUAUUAAAAGCAGAAAUGUUUUUGAUGAAACAAAGAAGUAUUUUUCAGUGUUACUUUGUUUCGUGGAUCAUUCGAUCAAAAGCAAAGCUGCUGGUGCUAACCUAAGUAUUAAUAUCUGUCAUAAGUGUCAAUUUUCUGACAUUUGGAGUGUGUCAUUGGCUCUCUCAAUUUUUUUUUGUAAUAUUCCAUGAGUUUGGUUUAUUUUUGAUAUCUAUAAAUCUAUUUACUUCUUAUGGAGAAUUCAGCAAAUAUUUAUCAACACUUCAAAUGUUUGAAAAACUUGACCAGACAACAAUAAAUGAAGAGAAAUCUUUUUUAUACUUUUCCAAAGUUUCAUAUCAAUAUCAUUUCAUUUCCCAAAUUUGUUGUUGAUUGUAUAUAAUAUCCAGCAACUUACUGCUUUUAAUCAGUGGCAUCAAGAAAGUUAAAAACCACAAUAUAUAUUGUAUUUCCCAUGGAAAACCAUUUCUAUCGAAAACCACUGAAAUUCUAAAACGUUUCAUCAAGAUAAUCACUGUACCAAAGUGUAAACUUUCAAGUCUGGCUCGAAAUCGAGAAGAAAUACACGUCUUUGUUUUUAUUUGCAGUGUAUAACAAAUACCUAUUGAAUGUAAAUGUCGUAACAAAAUAUAUUAGUUGAGUCAAUUAUCUGUGCCUCUAGCAGUGGUAGCCUUUUCCAUAACACAUUCUCCAAUCUCUAAAAGCAAACUUUCCUCUUGUCUCUCUUGCGCUGUGAUAGAUUAAAGAAGAUGUCUUGCUUCGGUGUUAUCUGUGCUUUUUUAUUUCUUUUAUCGUGUAACGGAUCGGUAAUGAGAUAUGUUUGGAUAGAACAAAAUUUAUCGUUGCAAUACAUGGUUCGUUGUAUAUUUUUUCUGAAUAAUUUUAUACAGCAUGAGUUUUUUCAAUUGUACAGAUAUCUCAACGAGGUAAAAUUUGUUUGUAUGUUCUUAGUAAACUCGCGACCAAUUGUGUUAAUGUUCGAAAUUCUUUCACCCAUUAAGAGUUAAAGCUAUUGUGGAUGUUUUAGACUAUAUUAGAUUAUGGUGAAGUUCUAUUUUUUGUAUGCUCUGGGAUUACAAUUCUUUAAGGAUGCUAAAUGGCGAACGCACCAUCUAUUUUAAUAUCUGUACAAAAGAAUAAUUCUCUACUGCUGUAUACUUCGUGGUUUAUAUUUUUAAUUUAAGAUUCUAUCUAUAUUUAAACUUCUCAAUACAUCUUCAGUACAAUUAACCCAAAGAAAAAUACUAGUCCAAUGAGAAUAAUAAUUUUUAAAUCCCUGAUAUGAGAGGAACUUCGACGUUUCAACAAAUAUUCCUUUUCAAUUAGAAAUUUUAACAGUUUUCCUUCAGUAUGUAUCUGACUCGUUUUUAAUUUUUCCAAAACGGGACCAAUCUUUUCUUCGAAGUAUAACCUGAAAUUUUGAGAAUCUUGAGUUCCUCUUGUAUCGAAGGGAAUUCUGUUGUAUAUAGCUUCAUUUUCCAUAUUAUCUAGUCAUAUAUCAGAGGAAAGUUACCGGUUGUAUAUUGAGACGAAAACACGUGAAAUUCCUUGUCGCCGAGAGAGAGAGACAAAUCACACCAUUUCACAAAGCUUACACGUUCAAAAAUACAUAAACAUGCAUCCAUGGACAAGACCACCCAAAACAAAAAACACUUGGAAAACAAUUAAUAUAGAUGUACUUAUUUUUCUGAUGGCAUGUGUAUAUAAAUAUACCAAUUGAAGAAUUUUAUUCAUAUUAUAAAUUAUGCGUAGGUGUAUGCCAAAUUUUCUUCUGGCCCUCCAGUCUUGUGGAUCGCACGUGCGAUGCACCUAUUUGUAUCUUGAAAAUUAUUGUUAGAGACGUGCGGUUCACAAAAAUGGAGCGUCUGGAUGUCAGUAUUACUGAGGUCAAUUCAUUUUUUCAAUAAUGUGUAAGAAGUUAUAUUUCGUCGCUAAAAAAAAGUAAAUUGUAAAUGAGGAA